CUUUAAUGCGGCGACGGAUAUUCCAAUGGCGGCACGCAACUUCUUCAUCUCCUCUCGAAAUUGAACCCAUUCGUCUCCACCAAAGAAACUCGAACAUAAAAUGAUCCACCAAUGUACUUCCAAGGUUUCUCAAUCGCCCUUUCCUAACUUCAAACCUCCGCCGAGGAAGCCCAGCUCUCUAAUUGCUCACUGCGGAUCGAAUCUCGAGCUAGAUUCAAAGCCGCCGGCCAUCAGAUUGGGCCCCCACACGGGCCGAGACCCGAAUGUCAAGAAGCCCGGGUGGCUAAGGCAGAAGGCGCCGCAGGGGGAAAAGUACGAGGAGGUGAAGGAGUCGCUCUCCAGGCUCAAGCUCAACACCGUCUGCGAGGAAGCUCAGUGCCCCAACAUUGGCGAGUGCUGGAACGGCGGCUCCGACGGCAUUGCUACUGCCACAAUCAUGGUGCUCGGGGACACGUGCACGAGAGGUUGCCGGUUUUGUGCGGUCAAAACGAGCAGAAACCCGGCGCCUCCUGAUCCCAUGGAGCCCUACAACACUGCCGAGGCAGUUGUCAGCUGGGGUGUGGAUUAUAUUGUUGUGACCAGUGUGGACCGAGAUGAUCUACCUGAUGGUGGAAGUGGCCAUUUUGCUGAGACUGUCAAAGCAAUGAAGAGGCUCAAGCCUGAUAUCAUGGUUGAGUGUUUAACGUCCGAUUUCCGGGGUGACGUGGAGGCUGUAUCCACUCUUGUUCAGUCAGGGUUAGAUGUUUUUGCUCACAAUAUCGAGACUGUUAAACGGCUGCAGAGGAUUGUUAGGGAUCCUAGGGCUGGUCCAAUACCCUUUGAUGUCACCCAUCCUAAAGACGAAACAAGCUCGCAGUCAGAUUGGAUGAAGAGUCAGGACAUAAGCCCAAAUCUUAUCCGAAAGAGAAAAUUAAAGGAUAGGAAGAUAUUACAUCUCAAAGGAACACUUGCUUCAACCAGCUGCCGGGAAAGUACCCCAGUGAUGACUCAGCAAGUGGUCAGACGGGUUGGCAGCACACAGGAGAAGAAGAGAAGGGGGGAUGGGGCUCUUCUAUUUUUUGGUUCUAGGGAGUAUGAGCAAAGUUUAUCUGUGCUUAAACAUGCAAAGCUGAGCAAGGAAGGCAUGAUAACAAAAUCAUCGAUCAUGCUGGGACUUGGUGAAACUGAUGAUGAAUUGAAGGAAACCAUGGCAGAUUUAAGGGCCAUUGGGGUUGACAUUUUGACCCUGGGACAGUAUUUACAGCCGACUCCUUUGCAUUUAACUGUCAAGGACUACGUUAGCCCUGAAAAAUUUGCUUUCUGGAAAGAUUAUGGCGAGUCAAUUGGCUUCCGAUAUGUUGCCAGUGGACCUUUGGUUCGAUCUUCAUAUAGAGCUGGAGAGCUGUUUGUCAAGACCAUGGUGAAACAAGAGAGGGCUAAGAAUACACGAGACAUUACUAUGUGAAUUUGGGCCACGCUUGGGCAAAAUUUUUUGGAAGUCAUUCGAACUUUUGAUGUUUAGUCAAAGGAAUGUUCUUUUGAUUGCCAUGUCCGAAACGGAUGCCCUGAGGCCGCCUCUUUUGACCCUUUUUAUCCCAUUCUUUUUCUUUUUCUUUUUCUUUUUAUCUUUAUUUCAAUGUAUAAUUCUUUGCAUUUUGGAUCGGGCUUUGUAG